AUGACCAAGACGGUGAUGAUGAUGAUGGCCCAACUAACGACGGCGACGGAGCAGAUCGACUUGACGGCGGAAGACAGUCGCUGUAUCUUAUUACUCGACUUUCGGAAGGCCUACGAUACUGUGGACCGAGAUUUCUUAUACGAGUCCAUGCGUCUAUUUGGUUUUACAGAAAGCUUUAUUGACCUCAUCUGUCGGAUCCACACGGGCACGACUGCAACUUUUGUCGUUAAUGGAGGUCAAUCCUCCGCGCUCCCGGUGCGUUCCGGAAUCCGGCAAGGCUGCCCGCUUGCGCCUCUCCUCUUUUUACUCGUAGUAGAGGUAUUAGGGCUCGCCCUCAAGCAAGACCCGUCACUCAAAGGAUUGCCAGUGCCUGGGACUGUCGACCGGACUCAUCUCUUUUCGGCGUUCGUCGAUGACUCAACGCUCUUUUUGGACACGGCAAAACAAAUCCUCCAUGCUCUCGGAAUUAUUCAAGCGUUUGGGAAUCUGUCAGGCCUUCAUGUGCAACCGGCAAAGAGCAAGCUUCUUUUUUUUUGA